CCUUGUCUUCUUAUUUACGGACCAGUGCCACCGCCUACCCACACGCUCGCCCGGCCUCCUUUUCCCCUCGCCGUUCCUCCCUCGCUCAGACCGACGCGCGCCGCCGCCUCCGCAGUCUAAAUCACUCCCUGUGCCGGAGUCCCAGCUCCCCGCAGCGUCUCGUGUUCCGCCCCUCCAACGACUCCAGCCCCCGUCUGCACGCGCGAAGCCCCCCUUCCAACUCGACAUCGACACCAACCCCAUCGGCGCCGGCGCCGGCGACGCGAGGCGACCAGACGGCUGUCAUUUUCCCGAGGUUGGCGGGCGAACCCCUGUCCAGGUAGCUGCCUCGCCCUCCCCCUGCGCCGUUGAGAGCGAGGAGGAGGAGGAGGCGAUGGGGACCAUGACGAUCGGUGCCAAGUACAAGACCACGCUCAAGGACCCGGGCCACGGCGGCGUCCUCCGCAUGAGCGAAGAUAAGUUAAUAUUUACCCCUAACGAUCCACGCUCACUAAUGAAGCUCAGUGUAGAUUUCCGAAGCAUCAAAGGCCACAAAUUUAAUAAGGUUGAUGGUAGCAAACCAACACCGCCAUUAUUGAAUCUUUCAAAAGUUUCUGACAAGGGGGGAGGCUAUAUUUUUGAGUUUGACAAUGUUGGUAACCGUGAUUUGUGCCGUGAUUUUGUAGCUAGGGUUUUAGGUAAGCAUCAAGGUACUGUGCCUGCUAGACCAAAUGUACCUCCUGAAAAAUUAGCCGUGUCGACUGGUCCAGAACAGCUCAGUUCUGCCGAAAUGGAACGCCGGAUGAAAUUGCUACGAGAAGACAGGGAUGAACAUUUAAUCUUCGUGCGUUGUUUUAAGAGAAUGAUACAGACAGAUUUGCAGACUAUCAUAGCCAACCAGAGGAAACAUAGUUGCGCUGUAUUAUUGCCUCGUUUUGUCUUGUUUGAACCCUUCUCUGUUUGCAGUGAACUGCAGAAGUUGCAUAAGAAGUUUGUGCUUGGCAAUAUUCUGCAAGAGUCUGAAUUUUGGGCAACAAGAAAGAAUUUACUUGAUGAUGAAACAAACAAAUCAUCAAAACAAAAGCCAGGUUUCAAAAGUGCCAUGCUAGCUGAUGUUAGGCCAUCAGCUGAUGGACAGACAAACAAGGUUACUUUCAGUCUGACUACUGAGAUUAUCCAUCAGAUUUUUGCAGAAAAGCCAGCCGUGCAUCGGGCAUUUUUAGAUUAUGUUCCAAAGAAGUUGUCAGAAAAGGAUUUUUGGACAAAAUACUGUAGAGCUGAGUAUCUACUUAGGACAAAAAAUACUUUAGCGGCAAAAGCUGAAGCUGCUGACGAUGAGGAAUUAGCCAUGUUUUUGAAAAAUGAUGAUAUACUUGCCAAGGAGGCAAAGCUCAAGAUAAAACGAGUUGAUCCAACAUUAGACAUGGAGGCAGAUGCAGGGGAUGACUACAUUCAUCUUCCGGAUCAUGGGAUUCUCCGUGAUGGCAGCAGAGAGACAACUGAUACUGAUAGCGAGUUGGCUAGGAGAACACUUUCUCAAGAUCUAAAUCGGCAUGCUGCUGUUGUUCUUGAAGGGAGAUCAACAGAUAUUGAAUCAACUGAUACGAAGACUGUGGCUGAAGCACUUGCAAGGUCCAAGAAAGAACCACCUCCUAGCUCUGUUGCUGAUGAUGCUAGUCAUGAGAGGUUGGUAAAGGCGGCCCGCAUGACUGAGUUAGAGGAUCUGCAAGCUCCACGAAGUCUCCCAUAUGCACCACUUUGUAUAAAGGAUCCUCGAGAAUAUUUUGAUUCUCAGCAAGCAAAUGCUCUGAGACCUUUAGGUAACAACGAUGGAAGAAAGGCGCGCAGCUGCAGCCUGAGCGCCGAUGAUGCAUUCCGUCAUUUGAUGGAUCAAAUAUCUUCCGUGAAAAUGAACUGUCCGGUUGUUCAGGCAGAUGUUGCUCUGAAGGUUCUUAACGAAUUGAAUGAAGGAAUUUCACGUUCACGGAGGCUUAAUCUUAAGAAUCCCCAAGACAGUCUCCUUGGUCGUCUUCCUCACCGAACACGAGAUGAACUUAUGGAUCAUUGGACGGCUAUCCAGGAGUUGCUGCGCCAUUUUUGGUCAUCAUACCCGAUAACAACCGCAGUUCUUUCUAAUAAGGUUCAACGGCUUAAGGAAGCAAUGACACAGAUAUAUCAGAAGUUACAGGAUAUAAAGGAAUCGGCACAGCCUGAUGUACGGCAUGAAAUAUCUCAACUCGUAAAGCCCAUGACACAGGCGCUGGAUGCUGCAUUCUACCAUGACCAGCAGCAGAAAUCUUCAAAGUCCGGGACCGGGAGCAAGCCCAAUGGGUUUUGAGCAGAGAACACCACCCAUAAGGGUACAACCUGAUCACUGCUAGAGUGUAAAGGCUACCCACACCCGUGAGGAGGUCCUGUCGAAGAGGGCACUCCUGGAGGCUUUGAUUUUGCCGUGUAUUUUUCAUGUACACGUGGAACAUAAUAACGUGCUAACUUGCAAAUUUUGCCCUGGGCAUCUCGUAUUCCUCCCAUCCGUUUCAAGAUAGAAUCACCAUUCUGGUUC